AUGUUCUAUGGAGCCGUCUCAGACUUCUUCGCGCAAGCUGUCAUCUCCUUCCUCCUUGGUCACCGGAAUCUAUCCGUCUUUAGCGAGUUCCUCCAGACUUUGAAUAGUACAGACGCUGCAAGUGUUGUCAAGCUUUCUCGAAUACGAUCGGUCGCGAAUGCUAGGAGUGUGAAGAUCAGUCCAGAUUUAGAGGAAAAGGUCCUUCUUUUGACACGUGAGGCGAUAUAUGUCGUUUCGUUUAACUAUUCGCUCGAAAAGGUUAUGGAAUUUACCCGGAUCCCACUGAAAUCGAUCACAUCCAUUCAAAAAGGUAUGUCCCUUCCUAUAAAGGUCUAUGCUGAUAGAUCAGGUGCAUAUAUCCUAUCUACGCUGCAAGAAGCUAGUCGUGAUCCGAAAGAGAAUUACGGUUUCCUCGUAAAUUUCUCGCCGACCAAUGAAUCAACACGUUAUAGCACUUACUCGUUAAGAAACAAGCUUCCCUCGGUACCUCAAGAUAGUACACCUACCCCUGGAACACCUAAGCCUUCAGUGAAGCAUGCGCUCAUUGACCCAGAUGUGACUGAGUUUUACGCUUUCAAAGCUAUACCAGGUCAUACGAGUGAUGAAGGCACAUGUCAAGAGUCGGUCAAUAAUGCCGUAAAGCAGAUCGCAGAAGCCUGUAAAGAUGAAGAGCUUAUUGUAGAAAAGGAUAUCGUAAGUCUGGCGGAAGCUGAAUCGGCGACUUCAAUUUUGGAUAAAAUGGAUUAUGCCUUCAAACGAUUUUUAUGGUUAUGA